AUGAGGACGGAGAGCGGCAGCCAGGACAAGACAGAACGGUGGUCCCGAUUAAACGACGUCAACGAGUGCACACCGGAUCCGUGUGAGCAUGGCGGUGUGUGCGAUGACCUUGUCAACGACUUCACCUGCCGCUGUCCGCCUGGCUACGACGGCAAACGCUGCGAGAUCGAUAUCGAUGAGUGCAAUCCGAACCCUUGCUUCAACGGAGCCAACUGCGUCGAUGGAGUGAAUAGCUACACGUGCGAAUGUCGGCCAGGUUUCACGGGACCCGAGUGUCAGACAGACAUCGACGAAUGUCGCGAGACUCUGGUGCCGUGCUUUAACGACGGAAUCUGCGAGGACCGAGUUAAUGGCUUCAGCUGUACCUGCCUGGAAGGCUUCACCGGCCCCGUCUGCGAGACGAACAUAAACGACUGCCAGCCGAAUCAGUGUUUGCACGGAGCAACUGCGUGGAUCUCAUCAACGAUUCGUCUGUGAAUGUCCGCCAGGCUACGCCGGAAAGAGAUGCGGAAACGAUAUUGACGAGUGUGACGGCAACGAGUGUGUGUUCGGGCAGUGUGAGGACCUAUUGAACGGAUACAGGUGUCUCUGUGACCUAGGCUACACGGGAGAACUCUGCGACAUCGAUGAUUGAUGAU